CGCGAAAUCCAAGCCAACGCCCGCGACGCCGGCUUCCGCCCGUUGGCCUUGACCUUCAGUCGCGACUCUUCUUCGAUCGACACAUGUGGCAGUCGGCGCGCUCCACGAGCCGCGCGUGGACGCUCGUAUGCGACAAGCUCUCGGCGACCGACGAUCUGCUCUCGACGGCGGAGCUCGACGCACUCCUCGCCAAGGUCGCCUCGCUCCCGCUGCCGCCGCCACGCCUACGCUCGGACGACGUCGGCGGCACUUUGGCCGCGCUCGCUACCAAGGUGCCCACCAAGUCGGAGCUACUCGUCGCGGACUUUAUGCUCGUGCUGCGCCACGUCUGCAAGGAAAAACUGCCGCUCCGGCCCGAGCACGUGACCAUCGUGCUGACGUACUGCAUGAACGCACUGCUUCACUGCCCGUCGUGGUACGCGGAGCCGACGCUCUCUGGUAUGGCACUGCUAUUGCGCGACAAUGCCGACAAGUGCCCGUUGCUGCACGAGUCGAUCGUGACGCACCUCGCGGCGUACCUCGACCCGACGAGCGCCGACGUGGGCGCGCGCUUUGCAGCGACGCAGUGCGUGGCGUACCUCCUGCACGCGUCGACCCUCGCGCCCCCACCCGCGUUUGCCCUGCGUCUCUGGACGACGCUGGUCGACAACUUUUUACAGCAGUGCCGCCAGCUCCGCGGCGACGUGCCCGGCGUCCAGUGGACCAUGGACCGCAUGUUGUACAAGACCUGCGCCGCCAGCCUCGAAUGCAUUUUGGCGCUCUUGCCGGCGCGAGAUGCCGACGACCUCGGUCAGCAAAUGCAGUUUGCGCUGCCCAACGUCCUUGCGAGCUUGCGUCAGAUUUUGGGGUGUGGGCUCGUGCUCCAGGGCCCGACGGCUUCGUCGAUCUCGGACUCGGACUCGGAGACACUCAAGCAGGGCAUUGGGCUGAGCGCACGCUUGCGCCACCUUGUCGUGCGCGUGCUGUGCGUCAUUCUCAAGGUGUACCCCUCGAGCAUCACGCCAUCGAUGAGUCUCUACCUGCCCGAGAGUCUGUCGCUGCACAUGGUGCUGUACGACCAGUCGCCGUCGCUGUUGACGCUACUGAUCUCGGACCCGUACGAACUCGUGCGCCUUGAAGCGCUCAAGUGGCUUGAGCUCUUGUGGCCGGCGCUCGAGCUGCGCCGCGACCUCACCCUCGCCAAGGCGCCGACGGCGACGACGUUUCGGUCGCGCUCGGCGACGAUGCUCUUGAUGAUCCACCAAGUGCACAUUGCGUUGCUCCACGCGAUGCGCGUCGAGCCCGACAUGGCGACGUUGGUUCAAAUCCUCAAGACGCUGACGCUGCUCGUGCAACAAGUACCGUACGGCCACGUGCUGCAGGAGCUCGCAAGCGCAACACCGCCGCUCGCCUCGGUCCUGCAAGCCAUGCUCGUCCAUGUCCACGCGCUCCUCUUUGCCUCGGACCACUCGAUUCGCGUCGCUGCACUGGCCUGCAUGUCGAGUCUCUUGAGCACAAGCGAGCCGUGUGCUGUAAUCUUGCGCUGGCUCGAAGGCGACCUGCUCCCGCUGACACUGCCGACGUGGUCUGCCAAGCGAACGCCAUGGACGGCCGCCCGCAAGACGCCGUUUUUGGUCGAGAUGCUGGUGCAGGCCACAGCCAACGAGCCCCUUGCCGUGUCAUUUCACCGUCUGGACGCCAUGGCGCUGCUCUCCAAGGUGGCCAAGAACUAUGCGCCCGCAUUGAGCCGCCAUUGGCCGCGCUUGGCGGACUUUUUGUUGGUUGCGUUUCGCGACGUUGACCAAAACGUGCGCCUCCAAGCCGUCAAGAUUUUGGAGAACUACAUCAAAGGCGACACGGCCAACAACCACUACCUGCCGUUUCUAUCGACGCAUGUGGUGCGCGCGUUCCAGGACCCGUCGCAUCAUGUCCGCGCCAGUGUCUGCGCGUGUUUUACGCUGCUGCGCGAAGCCGACUGGGCGACACUGUCGCUGGCGCCGCUGACGAAAACGUUUCUUGCGACGCCCCUCGACGCGUCGGCGGUCGUCCGCGCCGCGGGCUUUCGUCUCCUUGGCGCACUCGUCUUGCUUCCCAUCUUCAAGACGCCCAGCUUUGUGUCGCAGGUGGUGCGGCUAGGCAUGCGCCUCGCGACCGACUCGACGCUCAACGUGCGCGUCCGCGUCGUGUGGGCCAUUGGCAAUGCGUGCACGACGCCCGGCCCCGACUCGACUGAAGCCCAAGACAUGCCCUGGCUCAUCAUGCUGCUCGAGCCGGCGCUUGUCUGCCACGUGCUCGAAUGCAUGCUCACGAUGCUCGAUGACAAUGACAAGGUCGUGUCGAGUGUUGUCCGAACCAUGGGUCUCGUCGCGCGCUGGCUGUGUGCGUCGCCGUACCUCUCGCAAGUCGCGCAGCGGAACGUGGCCGUGGCGCCAAGCCGACUGCUCGCGACCGCCAUGGAGAGCUUGGCGCGCAAGAUUGGCGACGGGGCGCCCAAGGUGCGUUGGAACUCGUGCCACGCGCUCGCCAAGAUCUUUCAGAGUCCCGAGCUGCCCGUGGCGUCAGCGCCGUGGACGCCGACCGUGUUUGCGGCGCUCCUCGGGGCCAUCCAGCAGCAAGACAACUUCAAGGUGCGGAUCAGCGCAACAAUGGCGCUCCGCGUCUCACUCACGCGCGUCUCGUACGGAGUGUUUUACGAGCCCAUUGUGCUUGCGGUCGUCGACACGCUGGACGCGGCUGUGGAGCUCAAGGACAUAUCCGAGUUCAAGUACAAGGAGCAGCUCGAGCUCCAGUUGUCGUUUACCUUGCUGCACUUGGUGGGCGUCGCGCAGUCGCCGGCCGACGAGGCGCUGCUGGGCCGUAUCUUUUCGCGCCAGUACAAGAAUUUUGUGUACGACUGGCUCUACCACCACCAGCACAAGAUGUAUGCGGCCAUUUUCGGCGACGAAGGCGAGGCCAGUGGACCGCUGGACGAUGGCCAUGAAGUCAACCCGCUGAGCUGCACGGCGGUCGUGCACGCGUGCGACGUGCUCUACCGCGUCGUCCGCGACCACUGCCCGCACACGUCGGCGUGCCUCGGGCAAAUCGCUGAAGUCAAGCUCAUUUUUGAGAUGGAUCUCAACCACCUCGACGGGUUUGAGUUUUGAGGUUGGCUUAACACGAAAAUUUGCGUCAUCGGCCUACAA